AAGGCAUUGCGACGGAAUUUCUUUUUUUAUAGAGCUGAAAGUAUUAUUAAUCGCAUCGUGUUACGAAAGAAAAUAUCGUUCAAAUAAAACAGGGAAAGGGAUCAAAUAUCGAAAGGAUCAACGAUUUACAUUUAAGGGAUUGUAUUUCAUUUCUAAUACAACUUUUCAUAUAGGUGGUAUUUGCGAUAGGACCGAGCUCGAGGGUUAAAACUACAGACGCGAGGCACCGAGCACGGAAACAAGUCUGCAGAAGGGCAAGUGUCGGUUCCAUCGACGACGAUAUCGUGGUGGAAAGGGUAAUAGCGGUAUUGAUUGCAGCGGAACUUGACCGCGCAAACUCUCUGUCUGCCCUCAAUGAAAUGACGUGCUUACAUAUGGAACCACGACGGACGGGACGACGAUAAAAACCUGUGGAUACCACACCUGGCUGACACCUGCCAGUUAAAACGGUGAUGAUGACAUCGACCCUCUGCACCUGCACAUGGCUACUGCUACCCUGCUGCGUUCUCGUCACCCUCUCUACUGGUGAACUGAAUUUUUAUCGAGAUGAAAUCGCUUUUAGGCAAUUGAUGAAGUACCUCGAGGGGCAGAGAACGCAUUUUCUCUCGCUGUUGGCGAAUCAAGCUCGCAAGAAGCAUCAUUUGGGCUUGGAUCGCCAAAAGGAGAGGGAUAUUCUGGAAGCGUUGAUCAACAAAGGCAGCUUGGCGGAUAUUCAAAGAAAGGAGAAAGCAAAAGGAUGGAACUAUCGGCAAACGCGAUACAACAAGCCGUUCAACGAAUUACCGCAAGAAAGGAUGCAUUAUUUUCCGUUGUACGAGUUGAACCCGCUCGAAAGUUCUUUGGAGUAUCCAAACUUUAAGUUGCCUUAUCUUCCCCGUGAAAUGAAUGGCGAAGAUACGAAUGUUCAAGACGAUGACUACGGAUACGACGAGACCAACUUGGACAGGGGAAUGAAGGAGGAACCGUUGGAAUUUCACGGAAGUUACGGUAGUGGAUCGAUCAACGAGAACGGCAGAAAUGAUAUACAGAUACAAAAGCUGGAAGCGACCACUCCGGAUUUCACUUUCGACUCGAAUUUACGCGAUAGACAACCGCUGUUCGCUGUAAAGCCCAAUGAUCCCAGAUAUUAUCAGGAUGCUCCUUUUUUCUUAGAUAACAAAGAUAACUCGGAUUUUGAGCAAUCGAUGAGAAAUAAUACGAAGUGGGAACGAGAGAAUACAGCGAUCGGAACAGGACACGUGAUGCAACAGGAGAAGGCGAGAAACACGGAGUCGAAAUUUAAGGAUACGUCGGUGAUCGUGAUACCGGAGUUGGAACGACGUAUGGAGUAUAACCCGAUGUUCGUACCUGUAAACCAGGAUUUGAAUAACGAUAUAUAUUUUAUCGCUAUCGUUGCUGGCUGCAGCGCAGCGGCGAUGUUUGCUCUCGUAUUAAUCGCUUUGACAUGGUGCAGGUUAAAACGGGGUGCUAAAGCGGCUGCUGAUAUAGAAUAUCCAGCUUACGGUGUAACUGGUCCAAAUAAAGAGAUAUCACCAUCCGGAGACCAAAGACUCGCGCAGUCUGCCCAGAUGUAUCACUUCCAACAUCAGAAACAACAAAUCAUCGCUAUGGAAAAUCGUGUUUCUGCAACCAGAGACCCAGGCUCUGUAUCCGAAGCAGAGAGCGAGGAGGAAAACGAGGAAGGAGACUACACUGUUUACGAAUGCCCAGGACUGGCUUCUACUGGUGAAAUGGAAGUGAAGAAUCCGUUAUUCCAUGACGAUCCAACACCGGCGACACCAGCACGAACUAACAAAGAAGAGGACCAUAUAUAGUUUGACUAAAUUCCAAAUAUAUUUGAUUUAAGUAUUUUUUCUGGUGCUUAGCUCACUGUUAACGUACCAUAUCGGAAACAUUUAUCUAUAUAUCGAAUGUACGCAACUUUAACAUUUGUACGACGCGGGAAGUCGAGAUAGAAAAUUAACCAAAAGAUCUGACACGAGACCAUUUUUGCGGUUUGUGAAAGAGUUUACCACGUGAAACGAUGGACAUUCUACGUCGUUAAAAACUAUCGUGUUUAUUUGAAAACACAUAUUUUUUAACUCCAUGAUGUACUAUAGUUUGUACUUUCAUAGCAAGUACGGUUAGCCAUAUGAUUGACAUUAUUUUUCUACUCACCGUUAGACUUGCAACAUAGAGUACGGAUUGGAGAUUACAUACUACGUAUAACAUCUAAUAUCACUUUAUACCUGAUUAUAAUUUUUCAAUAUAGUAAUAACGUUUAUCGCAUGUUUUCGCCAACUCUUUCUUUCUCCACGUAUCGAUAACCACUGUUCGUCCACCGAAGAAAUUUAUUAUUCCUCUAUAAUUUAAAAGUGUCUGGUAAUAACUUAAAAGUAGAUAUACGUUCCUAAAUCAGAAUUUCGGUUCAGGCUUAUGGAAUUAUCGUGGCUGUUGAUGGUACGUUUGGGAUUCAGUUGUUAACAACAACGUUCGUAAAAAUAUAUACAUAUAUACAUACAUACGUACAUACAUACAUACAUACAUAUAACGUGUAACUACAUUAAGUUUGAUAUUU